AGGUUCAACCAAACUUAGCCAUGCCACGGCGUUCUUGGCGGAAGUAACAAUGUGGAUCGAUAUUAUGUCGUCUCCUAGCAUUCAGCGUUCUCCAAAACUACAACGUUUUUAUCCUAGAUUUCUGACUAACGACGCUAGCCAAGACAAUCAUGGGAUUUACCUCUCUAAAGUGAUGGGGUGCGAUAAUCAGAUACUCUUGGGAAUCGCCGAGACCUCUGCGCUCGCAGGCUGGAAGGAGGACCAAUUGUCGAAGGGAUGUUUGGACGUCCAACGGCUGUGUGACGGAGGACGUCGCAUUGAGUCGACUUUCCUUUCGUUGCCGAUGUUGGUCGAACAAGCCCCUAGAGUUGUUCAUCCUCCUGCUCAAAAUGAGACCAACACCACUGGCCAGGCAACUGCCCCUCCUACCAACGCUGCUGCUGUUUCUUCAAGUGCAACUUCACCUAAUGCAACACCUGAAUCUCCCGCCGGCGCCGCCCCUUCAUCACCAAAAAGCGCUCUCGCCACGAACGGACCAACUGACGUACCCCCCCUCCCGUCAUUACGAAUCAGCCGCCACCACUCGCACUUGCCCUGUUUCAUGCCGCGAGGGUGUAUUUGCACACGGUUGUUUCUGGAUCAUUCCCGGAUAUCCCUGUCAUUGCUGCUGCUACGGUGGAAGGAAUUCAGUGCUUGAAACACGCCAAUGCUGGGGAUUUCGACAGAAGCGUAGCGUUUUCGAUCUGUGUGCUUGGCAGCAUGGCCAGGACGGUUGAUCAGAAGAACUUCCUUAUAGACAAGUUCGGUCAGCUCAUCGAAGGGGAUCGUCUAGGCAAUGUAGUGCAA